AACCAAUUUUCAGGUUUACAUACCAGCAUUAUGAGACCAAUCGGUUUAUGAGGCCAUUUUUAGUGGUCUCUUAAUUCUGGAAAUUUAAAUUGUCAUAAUUAUUAACAAAUAAUUAAUAAAAUUGUUAUUAAUGUGUUUAUGAUUACUAAAUGCAGUAGUUUAUCGAUUAGUGUUACUAUUUUACUUCUAUUACACUACCUACCCUUUUUAGUAGCUUUAUAAAUAUGGUCUUUUAAACCAUGAUGUGUCUGCGUAAACUUAAAACAGUGCCCCUGUAGGAGGGAUUUGGUAUUGCAAAGUUAUACACCUGGCGCCAAAUUACACACACAUUCGCGCCAUAAGCGUUUGGCGGAAGUUACCAGCUACGCAGUUCGCGCGUUGGCUGCCCAAAUGAAGAGUCGCCGCACCGGAGUGAACAACGGAGUCUUCGAAGAGAAUGAGUCGAAUGAUGAGACGUGGCAGAGGAUUAAAUCCUCUCAAAGAUGCCAUACACCAUGUGAAAAUGGGGAAAGACAAAAACAUAAUAUCAGAGCGAUACAUUAAUCCCGCCAAAGGUCGGGGAGUAUUUGCAAAUACCCUUAUUGUAAAAGGUUCCUUCAUUCUUGAAUACAGAGGAACUUUAAUUGAGAAAGGGGAUUUUGAAGACAUAUUAAAUGAAUAUGCAUACUUUUUUAACCACCUAGGGCAUAACUACUGCAUUGAUGCCUCUUAUGAUAAUGGCUCACUCGGUCGACUUGUUAACGAUGAUGAGAAGCCAAAUGCAAAAAUGAGGAAAAUUCUAGAUGUUGAUGGAAAGCCACAUCUAUGUUUGUUUGCAAUCAAGGACAUCGAUGCAGGUGAAGAAAUAUUAUACGAUUAUGGAGGACAUAACUUGCCAUGGCGUUCUCGCCAUGGACAGGAACAUUACAAGCACCUUCAUGAGCCCUUUGCUCCAACCAUGACAGCAUGUGACAUCAGGUCUCCUACAGAGCACCUUCAUGAGCCUGUCGGUCCAGCCAUGACUGCAUGUGACAUCAGGUCUCCUACAGAGCACCUUCAUGAGCCUGUCGGUCCAGCCAUGACGGCAUCACCUUCAUGA